CUGUGUCUCGGAUUCCCCAGGUCGAGGAGAACUUUGUCGCGUGAAAUCAGAGACUUUAUCUGGAAGCUGAGGGGAUUGUCUCUCGACUUUGCCAAAAUGACCUCACAUCUCGGUGUUCAGCCAUCGCUCGACACAGUGCGCGAAGCCCUGGCCGCCGCCGUCAAUUCGCCCAAUCCUCCCAACCUCGUUCCUGUCUUCUCCUCGAUAUCUGCCGAAUUCCUCACACCCUCAAGCAUCUAUCUCAAGAUCGCCGCCAAAUCCAAAUCGAAGCUCUCGUUUCUGUUUGAAAGUGCUGCUACCACAGAGACCAUAGGAAGAUAUAGCUUUGUUGGCGCCGAUCCACGAAAGGUACUCAAAACCGGCCCCGGCCAUGGCGAAGAAAAAGACCCUCUCCCAAUCCUCGAGAAAGAGCUCGCAAAGAGCGUCGUUGCCACUGUCCCCUCGAUACAAUUACCUCCCAUGACUGGCGGUGCUGUUGGAUAUGUUGGAUACGAUUGCGUCAAAUACUUUGAACCAAAGACACGCAGAGACGAUGUGAAGGAUGUAUUGGGCGUCCCGGAGAGUGUUUUUAUGCUUUUCGACACGGUGGUGGCGUUGGAUCACUUCGCGCAGGUCGUGAAGGUCAUUACCUAUGUACAAGUUCCCGACAAUCUUGACGACUUGGAAAAGGCAUACAAUGAUGCUACAACAACACUGCAAAGAUACAUUACCAUCUUGAAGGAUAAGGAGGUGCCAAUGCCCGAGCAAGCACCAAUUGUGGAAGGACAUGAAUACAAGUCUAAUAUCGGACAAGAGGGCUAUGAAGGCCACGUUAAGAAAUUGAAGGAGCACAUCAAUGUCGGCGACAUCAUUCAGGCCGUACCAUCACAACGAUUCGCUAGGCCGACGUCUUUACACCCCUUCAACAUCUACCGCCAUCUACGAAACGUCAACCCGUCUCCGUAUCUGUUCUACGUCGACUGUGAUGAUUUCCAGAUUGUGGGAGCCAGCCCAGAGCUUCUGGUGAAGGAAGAAUUGGGAAGAAUCAUCACACACCCAAUCGCAGGUACCGUUAAGAGAGGCAAGACCAUGCGGGAGGACGCAGCCCUAGCAGAGGAGCUGGCCAAUUCCAUCAAGGAUCGCGCCGAACACGUCAUGUUGGUCGACUUGGCGAGAAAUGACGUAAAUCGAGUUUGCGACCCGCUCACUACGCGAGUCGACAAAUUAAUGGUUGUCCAAAAGUUUUCGCAUGUGCAACAUCUCGUCUCCGAGGUUUCUGGAGUGUUGCGGCCAGGGAAAACGCGGUUUGACGCGUUCCGUUCCAUCUUCCCCGCCGGGACCGUGAGCGGAGCGCCAAAAGUGCGCGCUAUGGAACUGAUCGCCGAGCUUGAGAAGGAGAAGCGUGGGGUGUAUGCCGGAGCCGUGGGAUACUUCGGGUACGGCAGCGUGGACGGGGAAAAGGCGAUUGAAGGUGCCAUGGAUACAUGCAUUGCAUUGCGGACGAUGGUCAUCAAAGACGGCAUCGCUUAUCUACAAGCCGGGGGAGGCAUCGUGUUCGACUCUGACCCAUAUGACGAGUGGAUGGAAACAAUAAACAAGCUUGGGGCGAAUACGCAAUGCAUCGUAGCAGCAGAGCGAAAACACUUGGAAGAACAGCAGGAGGCUGGCGAAGGCGCAAACUAG